AUGGAUCCUGAAAACACCACCAUGGCGGAUGCACACGACGACGAGCAAUACGUUCUGGAGGCCUCCAACCCUAAAUCUCGUUCCAUUUUUCGCCACAUGCCCGCAGCCCAGGAGCGAGAGUUGAACAACGCGAACCACAGCGAGUGGGAAUGGGAGGAUGACUUCUGGACUGCCCUUGUUGACAACAACCCUUGGGUGCAACUCAAGAACCAAUGGGCCCAAACCCCCGAAAAUGAGAUACCUAACGUUAUCAAGACGCCACCGAGAUUUAAACCAACGCUUAGCUUCCUUGUUCGGGACUCAUACAAGGAGCUCUUCGACCGUAUAUGGUAUCGCGGCUUCGCACAUCCUAGGACUGGAGUGUUGAUAACAGGCCAACCCGGCAUCGGUAAAACCACAUUCUUGUGGUAUACCCUCAUCCGCCUUCUGAACAGGCGACAGCCUGUUCUUUUCGUGCGGAAUUGGCAUUUAAUCCUCUUUUUCCAUGAUGGCGUCUUCACUACCCCUCGAAGCAAUCUGGGAAGGGCCUGUUUACCCACUCCCCCCGCCGACGAAGCCGACGAAGGACGCUGUCGUGCAUUCAUCUGGACUCUUUUAGAACUUGAUGGUGCUCAAGGAGAGCCUGAGACGUCCCUCUUAGAGGACCCCUGUUUCCCUGUUCAAGCAUCGUCGCCCAAUCCCAAGAGGUAUUCGAAAUGGGUGCGAGUCAGCAAUGCUGCCAAGUGGGGUUUACCUCUGUGGGAUAAGGUUGAAUUAAUGCAAGGACUUGAACUGCAGCAGAGGCUGUAUCAGUUCCAGCGGAACUUCGAGCCAUACCUCCCAAUAUCUCCCAAGAAUAUACCACUUGAGCGUAGUGCGCGUGUCGCACAUGGUAUCCUUCUGCAGCGCCAAAAUGAAGACGAGCCGAUUGCGGAGUUGAAAGGUGCUUUUAGUAUUCUCGUCGACGACGCCAUUGAAGAAUAUGGCUUGGCUGCGCGCGAUAUAUAUGCUGCCAUCUUUGCACCGGCAGAGCUUGCGGACGAUCACAAAGUCGUGUUGCAUAAAGCAUGUUACGAGUUCCUCAAAUUAAUUGUGGAGCAGCUUUGGGAUGAAACCAUGGCUUAUCCAGAAGCUGGAGAUCGAAUUUUCUGUGCCUACCCUUCCCCAGAGACUUCGACUGAUUCUCCUCGUUCUCUUUGGUUAUUGAACUUCAAAUCCACCCGAAUCGCAAAAAGGGUAAUGGAGCAACUCCGCGCGUGCGCCCAGGACCGUCUAGAAGAGCUCUACACUGCCUACCGAGUAGUUCCGGGGCUCUCCGUUCUCGUUGGCUGGUUUUUCGAAGCUCUUGCCGUUCGAUAUCUCAUAUGUGGUCAAUUAAAGAAUAUGGACCUUGCCGAGAUGCGGCGCCCUUCUGACGGUCUGGAUAACGCACCUACCUUCAAAAUUGAUCUACCCCCAUCCUCGAAAUGCCGUGUAUCCCUCCCAAUGGCCAGGCGUUCGGAUUGUAUCUUGGAGCUCUCAGAGAAGUUCAACCGGCAGACCCUUCCUACGGGCUUCCGAUCGCGCUGCUUCUACAUUCCCGACGCCUCGAACAACCCGCUAUUCGAUGCCUUGUUCGUUGAAGAAAGCACCGACAAUACUGCACUGCACUUUGUUCUCUGGAUGUUUCAGGCGACCACUGGCGUUGAUCACAAAGGCUUGCGCGAGGGAUAUUCAUCUGCGCAGAAAGUCAUGCUGGCACUAAAUAAAUCGGCACAAGCAGUGAGCAAGGUGGUGAGAUUCGAAAUCCGGUAUGUUCUCAUCUUUCCCGAGGAUAAUAAGAGGACUACGGCGUCAUGGCACAUGCCAGAAGGAUGGACGGAGAAGUUACAAUCUUUAGACCAUCGCGAGAAGGUUUACUAUUUGGAUAUUCCCAUCCCGGUGUGUGCUCUUGAUCCAUUGGCUUUUUUGACCUUACAGCUGGAUUUCGCAGCCCAAUCCUAG